AAUUAUCAGUGAUACUUUGAAGGGUAUUCACUACACUAAUCUAAUGGUACAGACAUUGAUGUCUGAUAAACUUUCGUAAUCCUCACGCGCCCCCAAUGUCGUUUCGAUCUUUCCGCUUCCUCGUGCGCUUCAGUAAACCGCACCACCACCCUCAUCUCUCCACGCACUGUUCCCCACUCUCAUCUCUCCGCGCGCCACCCUGUUCUCCCCACUACCACCAUCCCCAUAUCGACGAACGCCUUGUCCUCGACCAAAUUUCCCACCUUUUCCCUAUUCCCAAUUCCAAAUCCCAAAACCCCGUUUCGAAACCCCUCGAACCGCCGCAACCGGACGCGAAACCGGUGGACGCGUUUUUGCUCCUCGAAGAUAAACUGCGGGGAGUCUUCCUGCAGAAGCUAAAGGGCAAGGCUGCAAUCGAAACCGCUUUGUCCAACGUGUGUGUUGACGUCGACGUUAACGUUCUCGGUAAAGUACUCAACAAUGGGAAUCUCAGUGGUGAAUCCAUGGUCACGUUUUUCAACUGGGCAGUUAAACAACCAGGGGUACCCAAUGAAGUUGGUAGUUACCAUGUGAUUGUUAAGGCACUCGGAAGAAGAAAGUUUUUUGUUUUUAUGAUGAGUGUGUUGUGUGACAUGAGGAAACGUGGCAUUGAUGGUGAUUUGUUGAUGUUGUCUAUUGUUAUUGAUAGUUUUGUUAGGGCUGGUCAUGUGUCUAGGGCAAUUCAGAUGUUUGGGAGCUUGGAUGAUCUCGGGGUUCGGCGUGACACCGAGGCUUUGAACGUGCUUUUGUCGUGUCUUUGUCAUCGUUCUCAUGUCGGUGCUGCCAAUUCUGUGUUGAAUUCGAUGAGGGGGAAGGUGUGUUUUGAUGUUGGUACAUACAAUAUGGUUGCUGGUGGGUGGUCUAAGAUUGGUAAGGUGGGUGAGGUUGAGAGGAUUAUGAGGGAAAUGGAGGCUGAUGGGGUUGGACCCGAUUGUAGGACGUUUGGAUUCCUUAUGGAGAGCUUGGGGAGGGUAGGUAGAAUGGAUGAAGCUGUUGAAGUUUUCUGUGCUAUGAGGGAGAAGAAUUGCCAGCCAGAUACUGCUGCUUAUAAUGCAAUGAUUUUCAAUUUUGUGUCUGUUGGGGAUUUUGAGGAGUGCAUGAAGUAUUAUAAUAUGAUGUUGAGUGAUAACUGUGAACCUGAUCUUGAUACGUUUGUUAUAAUAAUUACUGCGUUUCUCAGAGUGAGGAAAGUUGCUGAUGCGCUUCAGAUGUUUGAUGAGAUGUUGAGGCGAGGUGUUGUGCCGUCUAUUGGGACCAUAACAGCCUUUAUCAAACGAUUGUGUAGCUAUGGUCCACCGUAUGCUGCUUUGGUGAUAUACAAGAAGGCGAGAAAAUCAGGGUGUGUGAUAUCAAUGGAAGCUUAUAAGAUACUGCUUAUGCGGCUUUCUAAGGUUGGAAAGUGUGGAACAUUGUUGAGCAUAUGGGAGGAGAUGCAAGAAUGUGGGUACAGUUCAGAUUUGGAAGUUUAUGAGUACAUCAUUUGUGGUCUUUGCAAUGUUGGACAACUGGAAAAUGCUGUUCUUGUUAUGGAGGAGGCUUUGGGCAAGGGGUUCUGCCCAAGCAGGCUUGUAUAUAGUAAACUGAGCAACAAGCUGCUUGCUACAAAGAAAACUGAGAUGGCUUACAAGCUGUUUUUGAAGAUCAAACAUGCCCGUUCCCUUGACAAUGCGAGAAAUUAUUGGCGUAGUAAUGGUUGGCACUUUUGAACAGUAGUGCUUAUUGGCAGAUCUUACAGAAGGUCGUCUUCUUAGCUUUUGACGUAGCUGGUCUUUGGGCUUGCUUGGACACUUUGAUGGUGAUUCCAGGUGCUUCAAUCUUUCCAGCUUGAUGGGAGGUGGUUGUGUUAAUUAUUUGGAGGAAAAUAUCUUUAAGAAUUUCGAGUUACAAUUUACAACUUGCGUCCAUUCACACCAUAAAUGGAAUCUGGGGAACCUGGAGACAUGAGAGUGGCACUUUAUGCAUAGGCAGGUUGAAGAAUGCAUCACCGUUUCUGCUAUCCUCUGUCACUGUCUAUGCCAGGCAUUUUCCACCUUCAUUGAGUAGCUUUGAAUUGGUUGAGUUUUUGGGACUUAUUGAGUGCAGGUAAGGUCAAUCUCUAGCAGGGUAUCGUGCGGAUUUUAAUACAAAGGCAGGGAAGAAUAGUAGCCAAGUUAAAAGAUAAUCUCAAAAGUCACGUGAUGGAUUUGUAUAACAUUGCAAUGAUGUUGGGAGUUCAAAGAAUGUGAGGUGAAAUUCUACAGUAUACAGGGGAACGUGUUCUGCAGAAAUGUUAAAAUGAAAUGGAUGAUUAGAUUCAAGGCUCAGAAAAAAAAUUCUGGACAUUUUAUUUUAUGAACAACAUUUAGUGAAUUCCUUUGUUCUAUAUUUAAAAUAUUUUUGCUUUCUGUAGCUUAGAGACAAUGAUGGUUAAAGGAUUGUUAGAAA